AUGGAGCCGAAACAUCUCAAUGUAGCCAAAACCGGGACUGUUGUCGAUGAAAAUCAAGUAUCGGACAGGAGCUAUGUACUAGAGCAGUCUAUUAUCAACAAUGAGCCGGAAAAUGAUCAAAAGCAGGUCCCAUUGACGUUCCGGCGGCGGCUCAAGCAAAUUAUCUGGGACACUUUAGACUAUACGCCUGAAGAACGCAAAUUCGUUUCCAAGAUUGACUUUUUUAUCCUGCAAGUCACUCAUCUGAUAACAUGGGCCAGUUUCUCGUACUUUUCCAAGAAUCUCAACUCGAACAAUCUCUCAAACGCAUACGUAUCUGGGAUGAAAGAGGAAAUCAAUGUUGUGGGCAACGAGUAUCAGACUUUUACAACCAUGUGGACAAUUGGCUAUGUCAUAAGUCAGAUUCCAUCACAAAUGAUUUGCACGCGAGUCCGAUUGUCAGUUUGGUGUCCUUCCUGGGAACUCCUAUGGGUGGUUGCAACAUUUGCGUCUUCAUCCGUCAAGACGCCACACCAACUCUACGUCUGUCGCUUUUUUGUAGGACUUGCAGAAGGCACAUUCUACCCUGCCGUGCACACCGUGCUAGGAGCAUGGUAUACAAAACGAGAAAUCGCAAAAAGAGCAUGUAUCUUUUUCGGUUCGGCGUUCGUGGGCUCAAUGUUUAGUGGAUACCUUCAAGCAGCCUUGUAUACAGGUAUGAAUGGCGUCGGCGGCUUGUCCGGUUGGCGAUGGCUAUUCAUCUUUGACGGCAUCAUCACAUUUCCCAUGGCAAUUUGGGGUUAUAUCGCACUGCCGGAUUUGCCUACUAACACGCGGGUCUUUUGGCUUAAACCGCAUGAAAAAGAGCUGGCACGGGAACGUAUAAAGAAAGCUGGAAAAGCUAUAGGAGAGCCGGUGACGUGGGCUGGAACCAAAAGAGUAUUGGGGAAAUGGCAUUUUUGGGUUUAUACCGCUUAUUACACGUUCUUCAUCUGCAGUGAGAACAUUGGAACCUACAUGAAUCUUUGGCUGAAAAGUCUCAACAGAUACUCGGUUUCUAAUAUCAACACAUACCCAACCGUUACGAACGCAGUCACAAUCGUUACCAGUCUGGCCUAUGGUUGGACAAGCGAUUAUAUCAAGCUGAGAAGCCCGAUUGUUUUCUUCUCAUUGACAGUUUGCUUUUUCGCGGCUGUCAACUUGGCAGUUUGGGACGGUGUUCCUUUUGGCUUGAAAUGGGCUUCUUUUUAUUUGACUGGAUUCGCGCAAGGAUCUGGUCCCGUUUUCUUGACAAUGGUCAAUGAGGUCUGCGCAGGCGACAGUCUCGAAAGAAUUAUCAUUCUCGGCUCAACUAAUUCUAUUGCGUACGCCUUCAACGCAUGGAUCCCAUUAAUAUCAUAUAAUACAACAUAUGCGCCCAGAUUUUUGGUUGGAAACUCAAUUACAGUUGCCUUGAUUGUUUGUGCUGCGACGACAUUGGCGCUUGCUGUGUAUCUGGAGAGAAGAGAUAAAGCAAGGAAAAAUGAUCUUGUCGAGCAAGAUCCAACCACGGAACCUAUAGUGGCUGCCAAAGCGGGGAAUGGAGAGAUUAAGGGUGCCCAGGAAGAGCUGACUGGAGCAGCAAGGGUUUGA